UCCUCCGUAAUCGGAAUCGCUUUAGACAACAACACGAUUACGACAAGGUCUCGUGACAUCUAUUUUUGUACAUAAACCAUCGGAAAUAUUCACACACUUCUGGUUCUUUUAGCAACACAUAAACAACAAUGGCAUCGCAAUACGUUGUGGCAAAUUCUCAAACUAGGAGCAGAAGCCCCAGUCCAUGCUCCAGGCGUUUUGAAGACUCUGGUAACUCUUUCAAAGAGGAUGACCCAGAUGGUAGUGGUUUCCUGCAGCCUGAUCAAGGCCAUCGGCACAGCAGAAGACGACGCUCUAGGUCAAGGACAGCAAGCCAUCCUCAUCAUGUAGAUGUCCAAGUAACGGUUGCAAACACCGGUGAUUCUCAAGCAGAUCCUGAUGAUUCUACUCAACUUUUAAACAGCUCUCGAGGACCCACCUCCAGGCGAGAUCCCUUAAACCGUGAAAUGGACGACUUGGCAAGUGCAAUACGGAACUAUGGUAGCUUUAGUUCAGAUUCUGGCAAUGUAAACAACAGUGAUGUGCCCAAGGAUGUGGCUCAUCAUAACCACAACCACACUAACAAAGCCAAAUUUGAGAGACAAAAAUCUUACUACACACCUGCCAUGGUGGACGAACUACGUAAAAGGAACAAGCUUUAUUUCCUGGACCCAAUCACCAAGCUUCUUAACUUCCACGGGUUUCCAUGGAAACUGACGUUACAGAUCAUCAAACUUGUUCUCAUCACAAUACAGGUUAUCAUAUUUGGAGGGCAGAGAGAAAACAUUGUGGAGUACUUUGAACGCAGUGAUCUGACGUACAAGCAUCUACUGCUGAAGGACUGGAGCACAGCUUAUGAAACUCUGCCCUACCCCCCUGCGGCAGGGGACUAUGCCAUCUACUCCAUGCCAGAACUUUUUGAUCACAUGAAUUAUGUCAUGAAGCAGUAUUACCAGCUACCAGAACUAUCUCUAGCUAAGGUGAACUUGUUUAAGAACAAAACAACCCACAAGAACCUCCCCAUAGACCUGUGCUUCAGGGCCAAUUCUUUUGUUGAAUAUGAUAAUGGCAGCUAUAUAGUAUCUGCGGAUGUCAUGCAUAAUUGCACAACUGUCAAGCGUUUAAGCAACCAUACAUAUGAUAUUAAAGAGUAUUUGAAGCUUAAGAAUUUUACUCUUCCUUUUAAUAGAACACUGGAUAUAACUUUAAAGUUUCAUAUCAGAACUUUCCAUCUGAAUCUGUUGGAGACACAUUAUGGACCAACAUGCUAUGAUAUGCAUAUAUCGGUCAUCUACACUAACAGCGAGCGGAGUGGUCAGCUCUUGGUAGACUUGUUGACUAAACCUGAGGAAAUAGAAUGUGAAGGAAAAAUUAUGUCCCCUGAAGCACAAGAUGAGCAAGACAAAAUGAAAGUAAAAGUAAUAGCAUUUGAUGCUGUUGUUAUUGUGGUCUGCUGUUUUUCCACUAUUCUCUGUUCCCGUUCUCUGAAGCGUUCCAACAAAUUGCGCCAGGACACUGCUACAUUUUUUAAAAUCCACAAAGGUAGACCACUCAGUUUUUCCAAUCACAUGGAAUACAUAAAUAUGUGGUACAUAUUGAUUAUAUGCAAUGACAUUCUAACUGUGGUUGGUUCGUCCUUUAAGAUACAGCUUGAGACCAGAGUGUUCUCAGUCUCGUCAGAAAAUUAUGCAGUUUGCAGCAUUCUUCUUGGUGGAGGUGUCUUCUUAACCUAUGUUGGGAUAUUGAGAUACCUCGGAUUCUUCAAGUCUUACAACAUUUUGAUCUUAACCCUGAAAACAUCAUUCCCACAUGUACUGAGGUUCCUGUUUUGUGCCAUCUGCCUCUACGCUGGUUUCUUAUUUUGUGGAUGGGUUGUCUUUUCACCCUACCAUAUAAAGUUCCGGAAGUUGAGUACGACUUCUGAAUGUCUUUUUGCUCUUGUGAAUGGUGACGACAUGUACGUGACGUUUUCUUCCCUCAACCCAGACACUAACGAUGCCAUCUGGUACUUCCAUAGAGUCUACCUCUAUGUUUUCAUUGCCUUGUUCAUCUACGUUGUCAUUAGCGUUUUCAUUGCUGUUAUCAUGGACAAUUAUGAAAAUCUUAAGCACUACUAUGAAGAUGGGUUUCCUGACACAGAGAUCCAGGCUUUCAUCAAGGAAGACGGAGAGAUGUCAAUCUCAGAACUCUUCAGACAUGUGGAGAGAAGUGGGCGUUGGCAGAGCUGGUUUUUCUGUAUCUUCCCUUGUCUUGCUUGUUUACGCAACAAAAAAGUGCCAUACAAAAACCUUGAGUAUGAGUUGAAAGUUUAACGCAAGCUGUUGAAUGGAUUACCUGGAAGAUAAGAAAAUGACCAGAUUGAACAAGGAGAAGAAACAACUUUUAGCCACAAUAUGAGGAGAAUGAAACUCAGGACAAUACAGUUUAUCUUAGUCUCAGCUGUUUCCGUACGUCAUAUUGUACACAUUCCAUUUUUUAGUCAUCACAACAAGACAACUUGUUCAGAUUACAUUAGAUCAUACAACAUUGAACGCAUUCCAUUUUUUAGUCAUUACAAGGCAGUUGUUCAGAUUCUAUUAGAUCUUACAAUGCCUUCAUUAUCAUCAAAAUUAUAUAUAUGCUUAAACUUAACAGAAAAUUAAUAAUCACUGUAUUAGAUAGCACUAGGCACUGUUGGGUUUAAAAGAGUUUUAACAUAUGUAGUUCAAUUUUUAAAAUUGUAAAUAUUUUGCUAUUUGAUACAAAAAUGAUGGCUUUGAAUAGAGGCAGUUGUUAGAUUAAAUGCUAUAUUGCAUCAUGUAACAUUAAGGCCAUGCACAGAGGAACUUGUCCAGCUUAAGCUGUAUUCACACCAAGAACAUGACUUAAAAACAUUAAGAACCAAAAUUCUGUUACAAGUUAUGCAUUUGCGACAAGUUUACUUUUAAUGUUUGACACAUCAGAAUAUUUAGUAAUUUAAAAAAAACACUUUCUCUAUUCCAUAAAGACUAUAAGGGUUAAACUGUGUGGAGUUUUAUGGAGUAGGUAAUAUUCACUCAACUCAAAAACUAUUUAAGGAAGUUUAUUUUUCUAAGCUGAAACAAAUUUUCAAGUAAGGUUUUAAAGUUGCCAGUCUUCAGUUAUGAAGGUGGAAAACUCAGUCAUUUAAGUUCCUUUGCCUGUGAAUAUGAGACCUAAAAUCAUUUAUUGUAAUGGCCUGCAUCCAGUAAGUAGGUCAUAUUCUUCAUACAUGUUCCAAGUGAAUACACUAUUUUAACUCAAAAGCAUAUAUCUAUGUACUAAAUGUUACCUAAAUAUGUUGUGAGUCUCUAGAAUCUGUUCUAAGAUUUUGUAAGUCUGUUUAGUACUGUCAUAUCUAGAGAGAAAGUUGCCUUUGUGUGAAGUUGUGACCAAUGUAUACACAAAUAGUUAGUGUUACAAACAAUGUUGUGUGUUUACGCAUAGGGUUUUAUUUUUUCUGCGUGAAUAAAGUAACGGCAAUGAUAUUUUAAGUAUUGCGUGAAUAAAAUAACGGCAAUGAUGUUUUAAGUAUUGCGUGAAUAAAAUAAUGGCAGUGACAUUUUAACUAUUGCAUGAAUAAAGGCAGUGAUUUAAAAAUAGUUCAUGUUAAAUACUGUACAGCACCAUGUAGCUUUCGUGGUUAGGUUUUUUGUAAGUUUUACAUUUCAUUAUUUUCUAGCUCAUGGCCUUGAAAUGAAAUCAAGCAUGCAAAGUGUGAAGAACAUGUUUUUUAACUUAAAACUCAAGAAAAGAAUAUAUUUAAAAAGUAGUCAACUUCAUGUUAUAUUAACUUUUCCCUUUUCCUUAUCAGAUAAGUAGAUAAAAUUAAUAACUGAAGAUUAAAAACUGUAUUCUCAUUGACUUAAAUUUUCAGUUUAACUUUUUUAAUAGAUUUACACUAAAGUGAUAAAAAUUAAAUUUAAAACUGUUUUAAAAGAUUUUUUUACCAGUGCUUUACCUCAUAACUUAGUUUACGUGAUGUACAUAUUUACACUGUCUACCACUCUAAGUGGUCAGCCUACUGGAAGCAUUUCUCAUGUUACGUGUACAUAUUGCAACCUCUAGUCUUUCAGCCUCGCUCUAAUCACUUUGUACAGUGCUCAACAGAUUUUUCUUGAAAUAAGCUCCGAUCUUUCUUCUUUUUCUACUUGCACUUUAUUUUUGUUGAAUUUCUUUUUUGUUUUAUUUGACAAAGUACGCUGUUGUCUAUUUAAUGAAUACUCCUUUCUGACAGCGUACUGGUCUAAACUAGUGACCCGGUAUUCUCCAGUCAGCCAGUGUAACAGUUUAAUACUACUUACAUAAUAUAAUAAAUAAAAAUGGAGUGCAAUAUAAAAUUUGUAAGAUCAAAUUAUUUAAAAAACCAGAUCACAUAAUUUGAGCGAAUGAAAUAGUGAAAUAGAUAUAUUGUGAGAGUGUUAAGCAGUACUAUCAGUCAGGCCUAAUUAAAAAUUUUACUUUUUUUUUUUUUAAUUUUGUAGAUGCACAUUUGGUAAUAUUAAUUACCCAACAGUUUGAUCAAAAACUAAUUUCAGGUUUAUCUUUAUUAGAGUUACUUUAAGUUUUAGUUUAGUUUUUACAUUUUGAAGAUUGACUUUGUAUAAAUAUCUUCUAGAUCUUAUCAUAUUUAUGAGGACAGUUGGUCUAACAUAUUAAUAGUUGUAUGUUUGAAUGUGAUUGAUCUUUUAACAUAUUGAUAGUUGUAUGCUUGAAUGUGAUAGAUCUUUGCUCAACACUGUGCCUAGGCUAAUUUGUGUUUACACCUUGUUAAGAUGUUUCUUUAAUCUCUGUUGAGGAUAAACUUAACUAUAGUUUUAUGGUAAGUUGUCAAAAAUGUUAAUAUUUUGACCAGGAUUUUAUUUUUAAAAUUUUUGUUUUUUUUUAAUGUAGAAGCAAAUACUGGAAAGUAAAUUGUUUCGUUUUGAUUGGUUUAUGUUUUAGCUUGGUAUGUUAAAGGGAAAUAAG